GUUUAAAGUUGAUGAUUCCACACGAAAACUUUGGCGAUUGGUCUGCAAGCGAAAAUAUCAAGGCUGCGAAUGAAUGCUCCGUGGUAAGGAAACUACUGAAAAGAUGUGGACUAUUUCAAAGUUCUACACAAAGCACACUUGUGAUAUGGGUGACCUCCCAGAUGAUCAUUGCAAUCUAGGUACUAAUAUGAUUGCUCGUGUAUUAGUUGGCGACAUUGGAAAAAACUCAAGGUUCCCUAUUAAAGAUUGUAUUACAGCCGUCCUGAAAGUAUAUAGCAAAACUGUUACUAGGAGGAAGGCGUAUCUUGGGCGUAGGCGUGCACAUGAGAUAGUCUACGGCAAUUGGGAGGGCUCUUUCAAGAAGUUGCGGAGAUACAUGGCGGCUCUACAACACUUCAAUCAUGGUACUGUUGUUGAAUGGAAGCUCAAAUCGAAGCCUGGUGUGCUCGGUAAUAUUUUUGAUUUUGUGUUUUGGGCAUUCAAAUCAUGCAUUGAUGGUUUUGCUCAUUGUCGGCAUGUAAUAUCAAUAGAUGGAACACAUGUGUACGGGAAGUAUGACAUAAAGCUGCUAAUAGCAGUUGGAAUAGAUGCAAAUGGAGCUAUAUUCCCUCUAGAUUUUGCGAUUCUUGGACUAAUGAGAGCAUUAGUACGUGGGGUAUGUUUUUGGACUACUUAA